GCAAUCCGUGAGUAACUAUAUCGUCACCAGUACUGUGUAUACAGCGGAUUUUAUUAUUUCUGCUAAGUUAUACAGGCAUACUAACAUGGACAUAACAAAAACAUUAUUUCCAUACACUGGAAAAUGGAUACCUCUAUGUUACAAUAAAAUCUUUCAUCCAAACCUUUGCCACGUUUGCAAGAAGACUAGAGAAGAGACAAAUCUGACAACAUGUGAUCGGUGUUUCUUCAUCUCUUAUUGCUCCGAAGAUCACAAAAACCUACAUCUUCCACAACACCGCGAGAUUUGCAUAGCUAUGGAAAAGUUCUUGAAGAACAACCCGCAAUAUCUCACUCGCCGCUUGAGUCUGAACAAAUGGAUGGAUGCACAAAUUGAAUUUUGUCAAUCAGUUAAAGAGAAUCUAAGGCGUGUACUUGAAAAGUACGAAAUGCAAAUGCUCACCUUCGCUAGAUCAUGCAUUAUUUGUCAUCAGCAGACCGGACUGUAUUCCUGCAAAACAUGUUUGUCCGUCGACUAUUGUCUAGAACAUAAAAAGAAAUUCGAGCAGAAACAUCAACAACGUUCCUGUAACCGUUUGAUAAUGUGGCUCAAUCUUGAGCUCUCAAAUAUUCAGUAUGAAAGUGAAGCUUCAUUAUUGUUAAAAUUUACGAAGUUUCCCACUUACCCAAGAUUUUUCAAUGACAUGACAGAAUUUAUAGAAAAAUAUGUACAAAAUCAACCGAGCGAAUGGAGUGUUUUGGAUUACAACUAUACCGAUUACUUGUCAGGGCCGCUCUCAGUAUAUUAUAUUAUGUUACAGGCAAAAUUAUCUUAUAUUCCACUGUUGGGACCUACAUGUAUCAUUCAUAUUGUAGAAGCAGACUCCGUAGAAAGGAACGGUUUACCAGCUUGGGAAAUAUUGUUGCACCUUUUCCCAAAUAUACAAAUACUAGUAGUUGUAUUGUUAGGAAUAGAGUUACAAUUUGAACUUGGUUCACAGGAAAUUUGUUCCCGUUGCGUUUGUAAUAAGAAGAAAUUUAUCUAUGAAUGUUGUUCUACGACAUACAGAAAUUAUAUGGACAAUCCGAUGUAUGGAAAACCGAAAUUGAUUGUAGCUUUACAAACACUAUUCAUUUCUAAAUCACCAUUGUAUAUACAGUUAAAAACAAUGCAAUCUCAGGAAUGUCCGGUACUUUUAGUUGUUUCAUUUCGCGAGACAAUGUUAAGAGAAAUAGCUGAAAUUAAGAAAGUUCUGGGUGAAGAUGUAUGUCCUAUUAUUAACAUUGAAAAUAAAUUCGGGUCUCUAAGACCGCACAGGUUAUUUAAAUCUACCUAUUACCGUAAUUCGUUUUUAAUUGUCUAUAAAACAUUAAAGAAUACAAGCAGUGUGACUAAAGCAUUAACUAUCAAUAUAUGACAUUAGCUAAAACUGCAUAUAAUUAUAUUUUCAUUUUGGUCGCAGGAAAAAAAUUGGUUGAUUUGAUGUAACAAUAAA